UGCGUGAGGCGCCAGUUUCAUUCUGCCGUGGUCUGAAGACAAUUUGAAGUUGUCUCGCCUUUCAGCGUUUUGGGAAUAAAAAAAAAAAAGUUAUUUUAGUUUUUGAUUUAAAAAAAGACGUUGUAUCGGUGGCAUAAGGGAGAGAGGUUUUAAAGAACCGAACGGAGCCGCUGCGGACUGAGCCUGAGGUAAGCCACUAACCUGCCGGUGACGCAUCCAUCACCUCCAACAUGGACAGCGAGGACGAUCUGGAGAUUUUGACGGCUCUGAUUGAUGAGGACGGGGGCGAGAGUGAAGAGCAAGAGCAGGGGGAUGGCGUGGAAGGCCUCUGUGACGAACACGACAAUGAGGACGGAGGCGCGAGUGAAGAGCAACAAGACAACAACCUGGAAGACCUCUGUGACGAAGAUGAGGACAGCGGCGCGAGUAAAGAACAAGGGCAGGAAAACGACGACCUGGAAGGCCUCUUUGAUGAAGACGAUGAAGAGGAGGAGUACAAAGACGGCAUUGAGGGGGACAUCUUGGCCACAGAGGAUGUGGUGACAGAACUUUUUGGAGAUGUGGACGACAUCCAGAAUGAGGAGAAGGAUGCAGAAGGGAAAGCGGAGCGUGGAGGAGAGAACCCGGACGUGUCCAAGGAGGAAUUGCAGGAGGUCCUUCGGCUCAUGCAGGAGAAGAUGAAGAAACUGCAGGAGCAGCUGGAUGCAAAGCAGAAGGAUGUGGCCUCAUCGUCCACUAAAGCACUUGGGGGUUUGAAACCACCGGCCGCACCUCUGCCGUCCAAACGAUCACAAAAAAGCAAAUCACAAGCAGCGCCGUCGACAUCCGGCGCAGCGACAUCCGGAAGCUCCAAACUGCAGGAGUCCUCAGACUUCUCCUCUCAGCUGAACAAUGCAGACUCAUUCAAACGCAAACAGAGAGUGGCUCACGCUGCUAAAGCUGCUUCGUAUUCCGAGGACAGAGGCCCGUUGGUGGAGAUAAAGAUCGGCAGCUCCUUCCAGCCUCUGGAGAGCAAAGCUGCAGCUCCCGUUCGCUCCCCUCCCGCCCGUCCCAGCACGCCAGCGGCAUCGGCAGGAAGGCCUAAGCCGGCCCCUCUUCCUCCUCCCCCUCCCCCCAAAGACGUGGCCGUUGAGAAAUACUCAGGACUCAGACUCAGAAAACCGCGGGUUUCCUCCGUCGAGAUGGACCAGAAGAUGGCCAGUCGGCGGCUGAUCCGUCUGUCACAGGUGCCGGAGCGUCUGACGCGGGAGAAGCUGGAGGACAGCGACUGGGUGACGUUUGGCGUGCUGGUCGACAAGGCAACGCCACAAAGCAGUCGCAGCGGAAAAACGUUCAGCAUCUGGAAACUCAACGACCUCCACGGCCUGGACGUGUUCGUUUCCCUCCUCCUGUUCGGAGAAGUCCACAAGGAGCACUGGAAGAUGGAACCGGGAACGGCGAUCGGGCUCCUGAACCCGAACCCCAUGAAGCAGAACGACGGAUACAAGGGGGUGAGUCUGACGGUGGAUCACCCACAGAAGGUGCUCGUUUUGGGCGAAGCUCAGGACUACGGCACCUGCAAAGCCUCGAAGAAGAACGGAGAUCCCUGUUCUCAAAUCGUCAACUUGUACGAAUGCCAGUACUGCCAGUACCAUGUCAAGGCCCAGUAUAAGAAGAUGAGCUCAAAGAGGGCGGAGCUGCAGUCAUCGUUCUCUGGAAAAGGCCCAAACACCCUGAAGGGGAAGGGGGGCGGCCUCAGACAGCGCCUGUGUCAAGAUGGCUUCUACUACGGCGGCGUGUCGUCUUCUGCCUGCGCCGCCACGCUAACUGCUUCCAAACCGAGCAAACCCCAGCAGAAGACUCUGGAGCAGCUGUUUGUGAGUGGCUCAGCUCAGCUCGUUAGGCGCGCCAAGCAGAUAGCAAUGCAGUCUGGAGAAAUGUCCGGCUGCUCCAAUGAAUUCAAGAGCCUGAUGUCGGUGCCGACUCCUGGAGCUCUGCAGCUGAAGCAGCACCUGACGCAGAGCAGCCAAUCAGGCUCCAAAAGUCCUGCCGGCGCUCCUCUUCAGUCCAUCUCAGCGUCCGAGCUGCUGAAGCAGCAGAAGCAAAAGCAGCGGGAGCUCCAGGAGAUCCAGCGCCGGCGGGCCAACGAGAGGCAGCAGCAGAGGAACGGCGGCGCCUCUACAUCGCCUCAGAACCAAGGAGGUCUGGUGUCGCCGCUCGCUGCUUCUCAGGCUCCCGGCGACACCCAACCCCCCACCCCGACGCUGGGACGAGGUUUCUCUGCGGGCGACGACAUCCUCUUCUUCGAUGGCAGCCCUCCUCCAGCCGCUUCGUCCAGCCUGUCCGCCGCCAAGCUGGCUGCUCUGAGGAAGCUGAGGGCCAAAGGGGCGGGGCUUGAGAAAGAGGACCCCAACGCUGUGAAGAGGAAGAGGAUCGACAACAGUGAGAUCAGCGCCCGAGUGGAGAAGAACCGGAGCUCACCCAAAGAAGAACUGGGUAAGGAGGAAGAAGAGCCGGCCCUGAAGAAGAAGCGAGAGGAGCUCCGCUACAUCCAGUCUGAGGAGUUCCAAAAGAUCCUCAACGCUAAAUCUCGCCAUGAGACCGUCCUCCAAGCGGCCGAGUACCAGCUGCAGGAACGCUACUUUGAUGCUUUGGUCAAGAAGGAGCAGAUGGAGGAGAAGAUGAAGGGCAUCAAGGAGAUGAAGUGUCGAGCCGUCACCUGUAAAAAGUGCAGCUACACCUACUUUAAGCCGGCGGAUCGCUGCGUCCAGGAGAGUCACGACCUGCGGUGGCACGACGCCGUCAAGCGGUUUUUCCGGUGUCCCUGCGGGCAGAGAGCCAUCGCUCUGGACCGACUGCCGCACAAACACUGCAGCAACUGCGGCCUGUUCAAAUGGGAGCGUGACGGGAUGCUGAAGGAGAAAACUGGACCAAAGCUGGGGGCGGAGCUUCUGCUACCGCGAGGAGAGGAGCACGCCAAGUUCAUCAACAGUCUAAAGUGACCUCAGCUUUUAGGGUUUGUGGUGUUUUAUGUGUGGUUUUAAACCUUUUUAUCUGGAUGGAAUCACUCUUCAAAUGUCAUUUUGUUCAGGAUUUGCUGGAAUUUGCCGAUAAAUCAACAUUUUUGUCUUAAAUGUCUUUUUCCGAAUCAUGUUUUGUACAUGUGUGGCUCUUACCUCGUCAAAAUAAAAGCUUCUUCUGUUAAAAUGCAAAAUCCAAAACCUUUAAAGGAGACGUUUCUUUCUGAAUUUUACACAUUCUCAUGAUUUAACCAGGAAAAAAACAGCAUUGAAUACUGUGAAUACAAUUCCAAACGUUUGUUAUGAUUAUGGCCUCUUCUUGUGGUCAAAGGUCAACCAAACUUCGGUUCGGGUCAAAGACUCAUUUGAAAUUUUGUUCAAAUUGCUGGAACCAAAGUUUUCUUUUUCCCAAUUGUGAAAAAAAUGUGAACAUUGCAAAUUUCACACUUUGCCUCAACAUGGCCCCCAAAGUAGUAGGUCCUGUUGCCAUCCCAUAAUUCUAAAACUU